AUGUCACAGUUAGAUAAUUGCCGUAUCCGGAAGUCAUCGGGAACAAAUCCGAAUCAAUAUGAAGACAACAGCAGCAGCAAAAACUUUAGCCCAAACUUUUACAAUCCUUUCGAAGUCAAGCACAGAAGACGCACUUCUCGCACUCAAUUCAAAAUUCUAGAAAAGGCAUUUAGCAGCAACCCAAAGCCCAACAGUAAGAUCAGACAGGGUUUGGCUGAGAGUCUGUCAAUGACACCUCGAGGUGUGCAAGUGUGGUUUCAAAACAGGAGAGCAAAGGAAAAGCAAGUGAGCAAUCAUGUCAAAAAAGAAGCCUCUCAUCCGCCCAAGCAGCAACAUUUGAACUAUGCGCCAAUUACACUGUCUGCUUCCAACAUGGUUCAUAGCAGAUCACAAUCGUCAUCGUCUUCAUCUACAAACAAGCCUUGGAUCAGCGACAAUUCAACUGUAAAUGAUGAAGAAGAGGAACUCACAACCAUCAAUACUCCACCAAAUAAUCAAUCUUCCCAGAUCCCGUUGGAAGGAGAUACUGAAUGGUGGCUAAGUCAUGCUGGUAAUACGGCACCUUUCAUCCAUCACCAGACCACAGCGGCAGCAGCAGUGACUAAAGCUGAUCCUGUUACUACAACCAUGUCUUCUGCUGACAGCGCUGUUAAUUUGAAUGCAUGGCCAGCUACCAGUACUUACUUUAGUCAGUCAUUUUUGCCAAUGACAGAUAUUCAUAGUAUGGCAAGUCAUGAUUGCACCAUGAGAUCUGUGCCUAAUAACAGCAAUGUCGUUGAUUGGAUCCAAUCCACACAAGUGAUGAAUGACAACUUGAUUUUGGAUGAUAUGCUGAAUGACAGUAGCAGCAAAAACUUCAACAUGUCUCACAAACGAUACUCUUAUCCUCUGUCAAUGCCACUUCAACAGGACGAGACAUAUUGGACCGGGCAGCAGAUUAUGCGUCGCCUUUCCGAACCUAGUCAAGAGACAUCCGAGCUUGAACUGAUGGACCCCUAUAACAACACUAACAUUCAGCAAUGA